AUGGGUGAAGAAGACGAAGAGAGGGCUCGUGAUCCUUUGAAUGAAGGGGGCAAGUACAAGUACUCCCUAUCUUUAUCGUUGAGGAGGGUACUCAAAGAGGAGUUGGCCCCCCAAGAUCUUCACAGAAACCAUAAAAACAACAAGCUUCUAGUCGCUGCCGUGCAUGCUGUGCUCUUAGACUCCGGUUUUGUCCGCUUCAGUUCUGCUACGUCCGUACAUGAUGCCCUCUCAGAGUUCGGUUUCUCCGAGUUCGGUUCCGUUUCGGGUAUGUCACAUUCCUACACUUUGCCUCAGAUUCUUGCCCAACAAGAUAAUAAAGAUUGUAGUAGUAAUCUGAAGACGCAAGGGUUCGUGUUGAAGUUUGAGUAUUUAGGUCAGUACUUUUCGCCUCACCAGAAAAGAACAAGACAUGUGGCUCCUCGCAUCGUGAGAGUUUCUGGGUCCUUGAUCAGUUCUGGUUCUAGGUUUGGGGAGAAGGACAAGGAGGUUUGUUUGGAAGUGGAUGAGAAUAAGUUUGCGCCGGCGUUUGAGUUCUUUUGGGGAAACAGUAUGAGGAAUACUACUGCGAUUUUUUUGAGAUUCCGUGAAAGACAAGUUCGUGAGUUUUGGAGAAUGGUCAAGGAUGAGAUUGCACUUCCAUUGAUGAUUGAUAUUUGCGCAGAGGCAGGUUUGCCUGCUCCACUUUGCCUUAUGACCCUUCCUCCGGAGCUCAAAGUGCAGAUAUUGGAGGCGAUGCCAAGUGUUGAACUUGCCAAAGUUGGGGGUGUUUGUAAGGAGCUGCGUGAUCUUGCAAAUGACAAUGAGCUGUGGAAGCACAAGCUAGGCCGUGUGAAGGCAGCCUUGAAACAUCGAUUGCUGUCUCUGAGUACACCUCCAAUGCCACCUUAA